CUGAAGCUCUGACAUCAGAAUCCAGAGGACAGGACGGUGAACUGAACAUCUCCGCAGGAUCCAUCACAAUGAGAGUGACGCUGGCGACUCUGACCCUCUGCCUGGUGCAGCUCGCGGCCUCGGGUUUCCCUUUUGACAAGAAACCCUCCGGUAGCACCGUUAAGGAGCGGCGUAUGCAGUAUGCAGCGUGGGAUGACAUAAACAUCAUUGCCCACGGGCUGCUCCAGCUGGGCCAGGGCUUGAAGGAGCAUGUGGACAAAGCCAAAGUCCAGAUGAGGGACAUUUCCAGCAAGCUGAAUGUGUUCAAUCACACAGUGAUGGAGCUGAGCAAGGAGAGCCAGCGGCUGCAGGCAGAGGGCCAGGGGCUGAAGGCUCUGGCCUGGGGCCUGGAGGGCCGAGAGGGGCAGCUGCUGAACAUCACGGCCGAACUGAAGGAGAAGAUGGAGGCCAUGCAGCAGGAGAGGAGGAUGAUGAGCGAGAGGAUGAGCCGGCUGGAGGACAGGGUGGACAGUAUGCUGCAGGGGGGCGCUGCCAGGAACACUACCGACACUGGCACCAUCCAGGUGAUGAUGGAGACUCAGAGCCGACGCCUUGAUGAUCUGAUGGACCGGAUCAGUCUCCAGCAAGAGAAACUGGACAAGCAGAACGUGCGCAUCAGGACACUACAAAGUCAGAUCCAACAGUCCAGAGAGAGAACAUCCUCGCCGAGCGCCAACCCUGACCACUCAUAUCAACCGGGCAUCGAGGAACAAAGCGACUCGCCAAUUGAUGUGCCGUCAGACUGCCACAAGGUGUUUCUGAGAGGAAUGACCACGAGUGGUGUUUACGUCAUCCAACCAAAUCACCAACAAGCCUUUAAAGUCUUCUGUGAGAUGAAAUCUGAUGGUGGAUGGACAGUGAUCCAGAGGCGCCAGGACGGCUCAGUGGACUUUGACCAGCUGUGGCAGGCCUAUAAGGAGGGCUUCGGCAGCCUGAACGGAGAGUUCUGGCUAGGUCUGGAGAAGAUCCAUUCCAUUGCUAAAAACGGUGGUUAUGUCCUUAAAGUCCAAAUGACUGACUGGCAGGGAGACAUCGCGUCCAUCCACCUCCCCUUCCGCCUGGGUGGAGAAGACACCAAAUAUUCUCUCUACAUCCUCAAGUCCAAGCCGUUCAGCCCGUUGGAGAAUUCUCUGGCAACUGAUGCUACAUCUAGCCUGCUGUUCUCCACAAGCGACCAAGACAACGACACGAAAAGUAGCAUCAACUGUGCCAAAAAUCUCUCCGGCGGCUGGUGGUUCACUGGUUGUGGUCGAUCCAACCUCAACGGUCGAUAUUUCCAGAGCCCGCCUCCCAAGAAGCGCAUCGAUAGGAAGCAAUGCAUCUUCUGGAAAACCUGGAGGGGGCGCUACUAUCCCCUGAAGACCAGUACCAUGAUGAUCGGCCCCGCCCACAUUCACAGGUCAUAAAGGACAGAAGAGGAGUUUAAUCUUUUCUCUGUUCUACAAGUGGAAACCACAGAGACGCUGAAGAACGUUCCAAGUGAAGAACAGUUAGCUACCUGUGUUUGGUCGAUCUGCGGUGAGUGUUACAGAGCGAGCUGGGACUUGUGUACAGGUCGGGACAUUUCCACAAAUUAAGACACACUGACAGAGAGACACAGAGCUCGAUCUGUGUGAGCGCACUGAGUGUGAAUGUGAUUUGACGGCAGGCCGAUGGCACCGCCAGCUGAAAAAAAACAGCCACAAAUCUUAAAGGGUG